ACCAAAUCACAAGAUUGCAUCAAAAGAUAACACAGCAAGAUGGGUAGACCAGGGCUAUUCAACGACUUCUUACGGUGCACAGGGUGGCGCCAAUGGAGGUGGAUUUAUGACUGGAAGUCAGGGCGGUGACAGCGGUGCCGCGAAGCGAACAUUUGACAAGAACACAUUACGACCUGUCACUAUCAAACAAUUGCUCGAUGCUCAUCUCCCCACGCCCGACUCAGAAGUUGUGCAUAUCGACAACAGCGAGGUUUCUCAAGUCACCAUUGUCGGUCAAGUCCGCAACAUCAGCGCGCAGACCACGAACAUCACUUAUCGGCUCGACGACGGCACGGGAACAAUCGAUGUCAAGGUUUGGGUGGACGCAGAACCUCAUCAAAAUCCCAACGAGGCAGCGCGACCAAAGCCGGUCGAGCUGGGAUACGCUCGUGCUUGGGGCAAGCUGAAAGUGCUGAACAACAAGCGCCACGUGGGUGCCAACAUCAUCAGACCGAUCACCGACUAUAACGAAAUUUCGUACCACCUGCUCGAGUCGACAUACGUUCAUCUUUACAACAGCAGAGGUCCUCCGGAAUCUCUGUCGAAGGGCAACGAUGGAAGCGGCGGUCAUCAGCAAGGCGGCCAAAGCAAUGGCGGCGACCAAUCUGUCGGCAACGUGAACUUAUCGGGCAUGAGCGCUAAUGCGCGCGCCGUUUUCAUGGCGAUUCGCAAAACCCCGCAGACAAACGAAGGGCUACACGCCACCGACAUCGCUGUACGCACAGGAUUGGAACUCAACGAAGUCCUUAAAGCUGGCGACGAGCUGCAGGGACUCGGCUCUAUCUACACCACCGUGGAUGAUACGACUUGGGCGCUCUUGGAUCUGGCAUAAAAAUAGCAAUAUUUGCCCAGAUGAAGUGGUUGCACGCGGCUGGCUGCGAUCCUGCAUUACGGAGGCCACGCACACGAUGCCAGCCAUAGGUUUUUAUUUCUCGGAUCCUGUUGACAAGAACAAGAUGCACGCAGCAACAAUCGCUGACGCUAUGACGGUGAAUACCUGCAAAUGAGUUCAGCACUUCGCGCUUCAAGGACGGUGCCGUUGGCGAACAUACCAGCUGUGUUCCUAGUCCACUCUGUACAAUCGCCUGCCGUGUUGAGUAGUGGUUCACUGUCUUGACAUAAUUAUGCAGACCAGAAAUCAGACACGCGAGGGAGAGGAG